CAGAGAGCCACCGGAUCUCCCGGCCUCGCUUUCCUCGACGACAAUUCACCUCAUUGUCGCCUGGGCUUCUCGUCUCCGCCUCCUCCAGCCGUCCUCGCAGCGUCCUCGACGACACAGCUUUCACUAGCUGUGCCUCAGCCUGCGUAUUCACCUCCGAGCGGCUUAUCACGAGCGUCUCCGCCCUCCAGACGCCCGCACCCCAUAUCAUUCAGUAUUUGUUUUAAUACUCUCUUUUAAUGCCCUGGAAGUCCUAACAGCCUCCCUCCUUAUUCGAUCCACUUCUUCGACGCCCUAGAAGUCGGCCGGAUGCCUUACACGCCGCCCUCCCAGCGGUCACCUGCGUCCACCAAACCAAACAGUCCUAUCCUGAGCCGGAACCAUUCCUAUGCCGAACAGGCCAACCCCUCGCCCGUUGCUGUGAGCCGGCCCGCCCUGCCUCGCUCCAUCUCCUCGACCUCCUAUCUAAACAAGCACCGCCGGACUCCGUCCAUCUCCCAGAACAAUGGCCAGGCCUCGAAUGGCGAGGUGACGAGCUCGCCCACGGAUACUCGGGAGCAUCAUAGUCUGGGAUCUACGAAUGGUGCGAUUACGACGCCUCCUGAUUCCUCUGACGACGACGAGCGCGGCCGAGAGCUUGGCAACCUCGCGGACCUCCAUGUCGCCCUCCAGAACAUCGACGUGAAGAGAGCCGGUUCGCCUGUCCGCAGCAAUGAGAAGCCCAUUCCGCUGCCGCCGACGACUGUCCCGUUCGACUUUUCCGCUCUGCCCCGUGCUCUUACUCCAGAGGCUCGCAAGAUCUCCCACUCUCGGUCAUCCAGCGAGAUUACACUAUCCCAGCAUGUUCCUCAGCUAAAUACUGAAGCUACCCUCAUUAGCUCUUCUGAUGACAGCGAUCUCGAUGACGAUGAGCUGCGGAUAAAACCGCCGCUCCUCCGAAAAAAGUCUGGCGAGUUGGUGAAGCCAGCCCUCCGACCUACAUCGCGUCGACGACCCUCGAGCAUGCCUGGCACUCCCACAUUCUCCAAGGCCGUCCACUUCAACGAAGAUAUUGAGCAGGUGCGACAUUUCCUCCAGGUUGAUCGCCCGAUAGCAGUUAGUGCAGGCUCCUCUCCGGUGGAGACUUACGACAGCGAGUCCGAGUACCCAUUCGGGUACGAAGAUAGCCACAAGUCUCGCCCCGUCGAGUGGGAAAUCCGCCUAGCAAACUUUCCGGAUGAGACCUACGAGCGAAAGACGAUGCCCAUCCGAGUGGAGCGGAUAUUUCUGUCGUCCGACAACAAGACGCUGGUCGGUAGUGUUGCCGUGGCAAAUAUCUCGUUCCAAAAGUAUGUCGUGGCUAGGUUCACCUUGGAUUACUGGAAGACGACGUCAGAGGUGGUGGCAGAGUACAACAACGACGUCCGGAAGAAGCAGACCAACGAUGGGUACGACCGGUUCAACUUCAACAUCAAGCUGGCUGACCAAGCCAACCUGGAGACGAAGACCUUGUUGCUGUGUGUGCGAUACAACGUUAAUGGACAAGAGUUCUGGGACAACAACAACUCAAUGAACUUCCAAGUCGACUUCACCAAGAAGAAUGUUCCGCGUGGAAAGGGUGCGAACAAAGGACCAAGUGCUGGUACCUUGGGCGCCAUUCCUCGCAGCAGACAUUCUCCGCCGACAGCUCGUCCUCGAUCGAUGCCCGCCGCCUUCGACGACGACUUCGGCAAUGGCUUCGAAACCAAGUACGAGUUCGGCUCGACAAGGUCCAUCAUCGGCGACUCGCCCAACUCAACCAUUCGACUCAAGCCAAAGAGCAAGAACCGAGCCAACUUCUUCCCUGACCCAGUAGCACGCAAGCCUACCGGAGCCAGCCAUGCGUUCUCCACUCGCUAUGACUUCGGUGCUUCGCUCACUGCUGCUUUGUCAAAUGCGCAAACGGCUCUCGGCGACAAGAGUGGACUGAAAGGCACAGCCCCCACCAAGCCUACCGGGUUCUUCGACAAUGCCGUUACCGGCAGCACACGGCCGACCAGUGUCCCGCGUCCGCCUGUUCCUGGUACUCGUCCUGAUGCACUUCAAUCCGAGAAGCCUGACUUGCAAUCCGCCGAGUACAAUGAGUUGAUUCAGAAAUUUUGCUUCUUCGGCACGCCCUCUGGAAAAGGCUCGCCGCAAGUUGCUUCUCCUGCUCCUAAGAACACUCAUAACGACGGUGCUGGUGAUUGUGUUCUGGAGUAUAGUUCUGGAAGCAACCAAAACUCUGGAUCAAGCAGUCCGGAGAGUCCGGAACCUGGCAAGGACAUGCAUUCCCUUGUCGAUGGUGCAAAUGAUAGCAAAUAUUCCUCGAAAGCUUCUAACCCUUUCCUGUCCCGUUCGUCCUCCCCGGGGCCAAUGACCGGAUCUGACCCUGGAGAUCGUACGACGUCGCCGCUGUACUACGGAGGGUCUCCGUACAACCACAACGUACUUGGCGGAAUUUUCGCGGAGCCAUCGCAUACACCGCAAGCAUGUGUUUAGUCGCUGGAGGAGGAUUGUGACAGAUUCGGUUGUUCCCCAUGGACAUGGAACGACAUUACGAAUUUUCUUAGUCACUAUGACGCUGUGAACGACCUGUUAGUGAUUACGACGAAGUUGAGCGGAGGGGUACGAUGCAGCAUCUGCAGGAUA